AUGACAUAUCAAGACUUCCAAACAGCUUUCGAUCUGUCAGUCGAAAAGUUUCCAGCUCAGUUUGGAACGCUGCAACCCGACCUACACGAGUUCCGUCGUGGAGGAGGGAAGCUUCUAACUUGGCACGGGCUGGCAGAUCAGUACAUUGCUCAUGCGGGCACGGUCAGGUACUGGAACGCUUCUGAAGCGAGCAUGAGCGGAGCCGAGCAGGUCAAUGCGUUCUAUCGUUUGUUCCUGGCCCCCGGGGCAGCACACUGUGGUGGAGGAUCGGGUCCAGUCCCCGUCAACCCGCUCGCGGCAUUGUCAGCUUGGGUGGAGAAUGAUACAGCUCCAGAGACGCUUUUCGCGUCAACUACCAACACCGCUGGACAAAAUGUGACGCGAGAUCUGUGUCCUUAUCCCGCAAAGUUAGUGUAUAGUGGUGGUGAUGCGAAUCAAGCAAGCAAUUUCAUAUGCCGCUGA